AUGGGGAAUGACACUUCCGUUGGGGAUGUUCUAAUCUUAGAGAGGUUAAAGGUCACCUCCCAGUCCUCCGUCCCCGCCUUCAUCCUCCUCCUCCUCAUCUACGUCUUCAUCAUGGUGUCCAACAUCGGCCUGGUGGUGCUGAUCUUGCGCAACCGGAGCCUCCAGCAGCCGAUGUACCUGCUCGUCUGCAACAUGAGCAUCAACGACGUCUUCGGGGCGACGACAGUGGUCCCCCACGUCCUCCGAGACCUGGUGACCUCAGACUCGGAGCGCUACAUCCGUUACACCGACUGUGCCAUCCAGGCGUUUUGUGUUCACCUCCACGCGAGUGCGUCCCACACGGUGCUCAUGAUCAUGGCCUUCGAUCGCUACGUGGCCAUCUGCAACCCGCUGCGGUACGCCGCCGUCAUGACCAACCGGGCGGUGGCGGCGCUGUCGGCGGCCGCGUGGGGAACCGCCUUCGUGCUGGUGGCGGUUCUGGUGGGGCUCAGCGUCCGCCUGUCGCGCUGCCGGUCGCUCGUCUUCAACCUGUUCUGCGACAACGCGUCCUUGUUCCAGCUGUCCUGCGAGAGCGUCCUCGUCAACAACGUCUACGGCCUCGGCUACACGGUGGUGCUGCUGGGCUCGUCCCUCGGCAGCGUCGCGCUCACCUACCUGAGGAUCGCCACGGUGUGUUGGAGGAGUCAGAACCGAGCCGUGAACGGCAAGGCGCUGCAGACCUGCGCCACCCACCUGGCCGUGUACGUCCUCCUCGUGGUGUCCGGCUUCCUCAUCGUGAUCCUGCACCGCUUCCCUCUCCUGGCCGAACACCGGAAGGUCGCCAGCGUCCUGGGACACGUGGCCCUGCCGGCCCUGAACGCCGUUAUCUACGGUCUGCUGAACAAAGAGGUCCGGCACAGGAUCAAAACUGGGUUUCAGAACAAUAAAGUAACAUGA